AUCAUUUUUGUCUAUGUUUUCUACCUGUGAGAUGACAUGACAUUUGAAAAUCAUCUGUUUUGUGCAAAUACCGAACAUAAUUAUAAUUUGUGUUAAUUAAUUUAAUUCAUACAUUUAUUCAUUAAUUAAAUUAGUUAAAGUGUUAAAAGUGUGUCAAAUAUAAAAAUGGCUACGCCUGCCGAUUUAAGAUCGCAGUUCGAAGCAAAAUUAAAAGACUCUCCUAAUCAAAACUUCCACCCUUUGGACUUGGAUCGUGUGAAGGACGAAAAAUACCUUCGUAGAGUUUUGAAACAUGUUGAUAACGAUAUAAAACAGGGUGUUGAUAUGUUGUGGGACAUAUUUACAUGGCGGAAAUCCGUUGGAGCGAAUGAAAUUAAUGAAUCUAACAUAAGGAUGGACUAUAUAAAUGAAGGGGUCUUUUUCCCGCGAGGUCGUGAUAUCGACGGAUGUUUAUUAUUAAUAAUAAAGUCAAAAAUGCAUGUAAAAGGACAGAAAGACUUUGAAGAGAUAAAAAAAGCAAUUAUUUAUUGGUUUGAUAGAAUUGAAAGAGAGGAAAAUGGUAAUAAAAUUACUUUAUUCUUUGAUUUAGAUGGCUGCGGUCUUAGUAACAUGGAUAUGGAGUUAACUAAUUAUUUGAUAUCGUUAUUUAAAAGUUAUUAUCCAUAUUUUUUAAAUUAUAUAAUAAUUUAUCAAAUGCCUUGGGUGAUGUCUGCGGCAUUUAAAGUUAUUAAAUCUCUUUUGCCUGCUAAAGGUGUUGAAAAAAUGAAAUUCGUUAGCAAAGAUACCUUAAAAGAUUUUGUAACUCCCGAACAAGCGUUGACAUGUUGGGGAGGUAAAGAUAAUUAUACUUUCGAGUUCAUUCCUGAGAAUAAAUCUAAUGAGAUUAUGUCCAAAAAGGUUACAUUUGCGGAACAAGGUGACGGACAGCAUUCACCUGGAGAGAUGUUACGUAUAACACCUAAUGAUACUAUCAUAUUUAAAGCUGAAAAUGAUGAUAUAUCAGGGCAAAUAACUAUAACAAAUAUGGAUGACAGUGUAAUAUCCUUCAAAAUACGUACCACAUCACCAGAGAAGUUCAGAGUGCGACCAAGCAGUGGUGUUCUACCAAGCGGUGUAUCCCAAACUAUACUUAUAGUUGUACAGCCAGGAUUUCAUUUACGCACAGUGACUAAAGAUCGUUUCCUUGUAAUGUCAGUGCAAAUACCAAAAGCGGAUCUAUCACAGAAAGAAAUAACAGAAAUCUGGCAGAAUUCUACAGGCAGUAAGGUUGAUGAGUACAGGCUUAAGUGUCAUUUCCCGGAAAAAGCAAUAUCAAAGAAUGGUAAUAUAAUGGAGAAAGAAACGGAGAAAUCAGAUACGGUGACAAACGCAUUGAAUAAUCUGCAAAUGAAUUACGAAGUUUUACAAAGACAAAUAUAUAAGUUGAAGAUAUAUCAAUUCUUUACGUUGAUGCUUACUGCUAUUGCCGUUCUACUCGGUUAUUUAGUCUACAAGAAUACUAACGAUGAUAGAUAUUGUGAUAGUAUUUAACCAUUAGAGUAUGUGGUAUUUAAUACCACAAUCAAUAUCAAAUCUUUCUUAGAUGGGUUGAUAUUUGUUACACUUGUAAUGAACACUUUUUUGUACGUAAGAUAUUGUCAACUUGUGCAUAAAGUUGAAAUGUUACAUAAUGAAAAUUAAGAAACAUCAACAAAUCAAAUCUUAAAGUUAAAACAAGUCCAAGGACUUGGGUAACCCCACUACUCUGACUGCGAGUAAUUAAAAAAAAACUUAAAUAGUAGGCUAUGUCUCAACCUGCACUUAUCCCUAUGGAGAAUGGCACAGUAAGUACUCCUCCAUACAUCUCUAUUAGGUGUCGUAUAUGAAUCUACCCCUUUCCUUCACAUAUCUUUCAUACUAUGUUCUACAUCUAUGCCAAAUUUCUUUCAGAUCCAUGCAGCCGUUCUGGAGAUAUAUUUGCAUGUUUAAAUGGAUAUUUGUUGAUUGCUUAAUUGUAGUAUAUUGUUCUCUUUUUCUUACUAGGAGUAGAAUGUAUUGAUAAAGAAAAUAACUUUAACAAUCUUACUAAUAUUAUAAAUGCGAAUGUUUAGAUGAAUGUUUGUUUGAUAU